UCUGCCAUCCUUAAGAUGUAUAGACAAUUUAUCUAGUCGAGCUGCUGGGAAUUAAAAACUGUACAUAUAGAUGCACGGGCAUUGCACGCAUAGACUGAAUUGAAAGAGGGCAACUGCCAGUGUUAAGUUGUAUGUUCUAAAGCUGCUGUAUGUAUGAUAUCGUUGAGUGCUUUGCUAACAACGCUGGGAGUUAUGAAUAACAAUCAAGCAAAUAACGUUUCUAAUCAAGCUGCCGCUGCUGCUGUCAACCAAAAUAACAAUAACAAUGCUGGGCCAAACGUAAACCAGGCAGCAAUACCUGCAGCCGUUGGUAUAAACAAUCAAAAUUCGGCCGCCGAAGGCAGUAUGGAAAGAGGCAGUUGUUUGCUACGUUAUGCCAGCCAAAAUUCUUUAGAUGAAAGUUCCCAAAAGCAUAUACAACGUCCUAACAGUAAAGAUCGUACUGUCGGUCAAUAUCACAAUGAAUUGCAUUCCACGCAUUCUUUUGAGGCCAUGAACGAAAUGCGCAAACAAAAUCUGUUGUGUGAUGUUACCCUGGUAGCUGAAGAUAUGGAAAUACCAGCCCAUAAAAUGGUCCUAGCAUCGUGCAGUCCUUACUUCUAUGCCAUGUUUACAGGAUUUGAAGAGUCACGGCAGGGUCGAAUUACCCUACAGGGCGUCGAUCAUCAUGCUCUUGAACUUCUUAUCGAAUACGUGUACACAUCAACGGUAGAAGUCAAUGAGGAUAACGUGCAAGUCCUGUUAACAGCAGCCAAUCUUUUGCAAUUAACCGAUGUUCGAGACGCCUGCUGUGACUACUUGCAAACUCAAUUGGAUGCCAGCAAUUGUUUGGGUAUACGAGAUUUUGCGGAUAUGCACGGUUGCGUCGAGUUGGUUAAUUAUGCCGAAACCUAUAUAGAACAGCAUUUCAACGAAGUAAUACAAUUUGAUGAAUUCUUAAAUUUGACACAUGAGCAAGUAAUUAGUUUAAUAAGUAAUGACCGUAUAUCGGUCUCCAGCGAAGAAAAGGUUUAUGAAUGCGUUAUAAACUGGAUACGUUAUGAUCCCACGCCACGCGAACAAUAUACUGCAAAUUUAAUGGAACAUGUGCGCUUGCCGUUUCUAUCAAAAGAAUAUAUAACCCAGAAGGUUGACAAGGAGCCUUUGUUAGAAGGCAACAUUAUAUGUAAAAAUUUAAUUAUUGAAGCACUUACUUAUCAUUUACUACCUUCGGAAAUUAAAACGGUGCGUACAAUACCACGUAAACCUGUCGGACUGCCAAAGAUACUAUUAGUAAUAGGAGGUCAGGCGCCAAAAGCAAUACGCUCGGUUGAGUGUUAUGAUUUGCGUGAAGAAAAGUGGUAUCAGGCUGCCGAGAUGCCCAAUCGAAGAUGCAGAGCCGGCUUAGCGGUAUUAGGCGACAAGGUGUAUGCUGUAGGUGGUUUUAAUGGCUCAUUACGGGUGCGUACUGUAGACGUUUAUGAUCCUGCAACAGAUCAAUGGUCUACCAGUAACAGCAUGGAGGCAAGACGAUCGACUUUAGGUGUUGCAGUACUUAAUGGUUGCAUUUAUGCUGUGGGCGGUUUUGAUGGUACUACAGGCCUUAGCUCGGCUGAAAUGUUUGAUCCAAAAAAUGAAGUUUGGCGUUUCAUAGCGUCCAUGUCUACUCGACGUAGUUCAGUGGGCGUAGGGGUAGUUAAUGGUUUACUCUACGCUGUCGGCGGUUACGACGGUUAUACACGUCAAUGUCUCUCCUCAGUUGAACGCUACAAUCCCGAAGCUGACACUUGGUAUGCUGUAGCAGAUAUGUCGGCACGUCGCAGCGGCGCUGGCGUAGGUGUACUCAAUAACAUACUCUACGCUGUAGGUGGUCAUGAUGGUCCAAUGGUGCGCAAAUCUGUAGAAGCAUACGACCCUGAAAGCAAUCAAUGGCAUUCAGUAGCUGACAUGUCAUUUUGCCGCAGAAAUGCUGGCGUUGUAGCUCAUGAUGGCCUACUCUACGUAGUGGGAGGAGAUGAUGGUGACUCAAAUUUAUCAUCAGUCGAGGUUUAUAGUCCCGAAACUGACUCUUGGCGUAUACUGGCCGCGGCCAUGAUAAUUGGACGCAGUUAUGCCGGUGUGUGUAUGAUAGAUAAACCCAUGUGAAUAGAAGAGCAGGGUGCAUUAGCACGACAAGCGGCCGCCAAUAUAAUGGGUAUUGUGGAUGAUGAAAAUAGUCAAGCUGAAGGUACAAUAGAGGGAGCUGUUGGUUUGGUUCGCAACAGUGACCAACAUCAACAGCCGCAGGCAAAUAUUACUAACAGCAAUAGCAACAGUAGCAACUGUAAUCAACAGCAGCAAAUAAAUCAUCCACACUAUGAAAAUAUCUACGAAACCAUUGAACAAUACAAUGCGGCUGCUCGGGGUGGUGCAGUAAGUGGUGUUGUCGCAAUUCCUGCAGCAGUCAAUGCGGCCGCUUCAGUAAAUGCAUCGAAUAGUACUAAUGCCCCUGCCGAAGAGCAAUCCAUUCCACAACAACAACAGCAACCACAAGGAAAUGACAAUAACGCACAAACACAACAGCAGCAGCAACCACGUUUGUAUAAUAGCAUCAAUUACCGUAAUGAUUUGUAUGAUCGGGCAAACGCUACCAAUAUCGGUUCCACAUCCUCAAAUACCACCACUGCAAACGGCGGUGGCAAUAAUUACGAUAUACCCAGAUCAGUACGCUCAGCUCUGGGUUUCAGACGCAAUUUUCAAUUGGAUUUACACGCAGCAAAUCCUCGAUUUAAUGCUUUACGUUGUAAUGGUAUAUCCUGCGGCCAUACUGCCUUACAUAAUGCCUACGGUAGCAAUAGUUCUUGUCAACGUCAGCACAGUUUUGACGAUUCCGAAUCUCAAAAUUAUUUCAAUUUAAACAACUAUCCUGCACCGACUAUGAGAUACGAGAAUAUUUAUGAGCAAAUACGCGACGAACCAGUCUAUCGCAACACCACCGGCACCUCGUCGACGUCCAAGAGCGCCAGAUUGUACGGACAUCUUAAUGUUAUUGGUCAUGGAAUAGGACGUAUCGAGCGUCAUUUGAGCUCCUCAUGUGGCAAUAUUGAUCAUUACAAUUUAGGUGGCCACUACGCGGUAUUAGGACAUUCGCAUUUCGGCACUGUUGGCCAUAUACGUUUAAAUGCCGGUUCGAAUAACGGUGUCAACGGAGGUAGCAGCAGUGGUUCAGUGAACACAGGUUCCUCUACAUUAUCUAACGGCGGUUCCGCCUUGACUGCUUCCAACUCGAAAGACACCGGUAACGUAAGAAAUAGUGCGUCGUCCUUCUUUAGUUGUUUGCACGGUGAAAGUACACAAAGCAUGAACAAUAUUUAUAAAGCCUCCAGCAAUGUAGCCCAAACCACCAACACCAACGUAAAUGGAAGCAACGGCCAAUCUAUACAAUCAACUAUUACCCCCAACAAUUCUAAAGAACGUGAGUCGCGAGCUUCUUCUGUAGGACCGUUGCUUAACAGCAAUGUCACCAAUUCAUCCGAAACAAACUCGUCUGCUACUCUUCAUAAGGCCACUGGAGCUAUACCAAAAACCAAAGCUUUAAAUUUAGGUUCAACCAAAACUUCUAGUUCGAGUUCGUCGUCGCCCCCUACCACCGAGAAAUCGGUAGCUACUUUAAAAAAUACUUUAAGCAAGAAAUCAACUACGUCAUGUGCAAAUACUAACACCAACAAAUUAACAACUGCAACGAAUACCUUUAACACUAUGGCCAUGGAGCCCGGCAACAGUACGUUAAAUCGGAUUUCAAAGUCUAGUCUGCAAUGGCUGCUGGUUAACAAGUGGUUACCACUAUGGAUAGGCCAAGGUGCCGAUUGUAAAGUUAUAGAUUUCAAUUUUAUGUUUUCACGUGACUGUGUCGACUGUGAUGCCGCCUCAGCUACCGCUCAAAUGACCAAUCCGUACGCCACACCGCGUUUAAGUGGACUGCCGCAAGAUAUUGUUCGCUUUAAUGCCCGAGCUAUGUGCUGCAACGCUUCGCCAAAUCAAAUGUCAUUUAGACGGCAGAAUUCAGAUUUAAAUAGUCGGCCUGUACAUAACACUUUAAAUCGUUUACGCGAAGCGGAAACGUUCGUCAACAGUCGACGCUAUGAAGAUCCAUCAUACGAAAACGUUCAUGUGCAAUGGCAAAACGGUUUUGAAUUUGGACGUUCUAGAGAUCAAGAACAUAAUGCAAUUUGCGGUCAGAACUCAACAGCUUCAUACGCGAUCACUGCUGUGAAUAGGAACGCAUUGCAAAGAGCUCGAUGCGAUAGUCCGAAUUUAAAUCAAAGAGUUUCCACCAAUAUUGCAAGCAGCCAACAGAAACGUUUAAGAACUAAUACAAAUAGUAGCAGCAGUAGUAAUAGCAGUAGUAGUACGGGUAACUCCAAGUAUAAAGAUCCCUAUCGUAAUUACGAACUGAAUACCGAAAGCAACACCUUUAAGCCGAAAUCAAAUCAAAACAUGAAGUGUGACACCUUAAUCGAUAGCAACGCUAGUGAGAGUACUAAUAAACUUAUUGACGCAAAUGUUGUUAUUCUACCCGAAGAAUUAGAAGGUGCUGUUGGGGGCACAAAUCAAUCACCAUUAUUGCCCACUGAAGACGCUACUGCAGCAGUAAAUCUCUUAGAAACUAACAGUACGAGUGUAUCGCCGCCUUUACCGCUCGUCAAUGACAUUGAACCGGAAGCGAAAACUGUAUUUGCUAAGUCCGCAAUCAAUGAACAAAAAGAUAAUUAGAAGAUGAUCUUGUGUCGAUUUUUUUUAAAGCGGUUAUAAUUAAGUAUAACUUAUAAGUAAAAAACAACAACAAAGUAUACGCACUUGAAUAAUUUAAUCCGCAUUUUAAGUUUAACUUAAUAAUGGUAAUUAGUUUAUUAGCGAUUAGUUUUCCCGUCUGUCCGUCCAUAAACAUUGGAUUAGAAGACAUUUGCUUAUUUAACUUUAUUAACAGUAUGAAGGAAUUAUAAGAAUACGAUUAACCCAAUAACAAAAACACAUAAUUUAAUAACAUUUACAAGUAUUAUCAGUUAAUAUUUAAGCGUAUUACCUUAAAACCUAAUAUUUAAUAUAUAUAAAAAAUACACCUAUUAUUAUUACUGACAGGAUGAUUUUAACUUAAGUAAAAAACAAGCAUAUUCAUCCCAUACCUUGCAAUACUCAUUCAUCGUAUAAUAUUCAUAUCAAAACUUAGAAUUUAAUUUUUUUUUUUUUUUUGUUUUUUUCAAAUAAAACAAACAACGCCGAAUAUGCUGCAAGAGAAAUCAAAAUACAUUUAC